UUUUAUCUGAAAUCUGUUCAUAGGAGUACAGUUGAAGAUAUACUUAUUGGCAUGCCCUUCAAUAAUAUGAUUUCACUUGUUAAGAAUCUGCCUUUUUGAUACACUUUAACAAAAACUAGGGGGUCUACUACAAAUAUAUGUAUAAGUUUAUUUUCAUGGGGGGGACAUGUCUUGCAUGUCAAGCCAGCCAGCAAGAGCAAAGGAAAAAUACAAAUGUUGGUGAGUUAAGUAAAUAUUAAAGAACAAUGGGUGGGUGUUAUUAUUAAAAAAAAAAAAAUCUUAAAACAAGAUGGCUUGUUCAGGAAUGAUUUUUUCGGUGUGUAAAUUUUGUAAAACAAGUUAAUAUGCUGCAAGAAACACAUUAUAAUGAUUUAUAAGAGUAGAUACAUGAAUAUUAUAGGGAAGCAAAAAGCAUUGUAAAAACUGAUUGUACUUGGCUUUUCAAAAUUAUUAGGGACUCUCUCUCUCUCUCUCUCUCUCUCUCUCUCUAUAAACACGACACGAGUGCAGGCAUGCCAGUGUAUGGGUGUGUAUUGUAAAAAUUGAAUUGACAAUUAUGCUGCAACUGUGCAGAAUGCUGAUUUCAAAUAUCGUUGGAUAAGCCUUGAAAGCAGUUACAGAAAGAAAAAAAAAAUCUACAUAUUGUAUAUAUAUGCAAGUAGAAUAUCUGUCAGUUCGCCUAGAUUUGAAUUAUAAAUCUGUUCGAGUUCAGCCUCUUCAUUAAGAUGGACUUUUCUGGUGUGAUGGAGAUCUCAUUGUUCAAAGCACUUCUUAAGAACAUCUCCUCUUUUUUCCAUUUAUCAUCCAAUGACAACAUAAACUUGGACCCGGUUCUGAAGUACUACAAGAGAGCUGAAGAGAUAUUAAAAUUGUUGAAGACUAUACUUGAUGCCAUUGUUGAUUCUGAAAUAGCUUCUUAUGAAGUGCUUAAUAAGCCAUUUGAAGAACUGGGUCACUAUAUUGAUGAGUUGAGGGAGCAAAUUGAAGACUGGCAACCGUUGUUGAGCAAAGUCAAUCUUGUUCUGCAAGUUGAAUCUUUGAUCUCAAAGAUUUGGACUUCUGGUUUGGAUAUCUUUCAACUGUUGAAGACUUCCCAACAACAUCUUCCUGAUGAAUUGGGUUUGGCAUCUCUUGAGCAUUGCAUACAAAAACUUAAGAAUAUGGUCGAUGAACAAAUGUCAACUGUCAUUAAAGAUUCUGUAAGUGAUCAAGUGGAGGGUGUUGGACCCAGCUCAGAGAUCCUAGUGAAAAUUGCAGAGGGCCUUAGCUUGAGGUCAAACCAGGAGAUUCUUAUUGAGGCUGUAGCACUUGAAAAGUUGAAGGAGAAUGCUGAACAAUCUGAAAAGAUUGAGGAGGCGGAGUAUAUUGAACAUAUGAUAUCCCUUGUCACCCGUAUGCAUGAGCGCCUUGUUACGAUAAAGCAGUCCCAGAGCUGCAGUCCAGUUCCAAUACCUGCUGAUUUCUGCUGUCCUCUCUCUCUGGAGCUGAUGACAGAUCCAGUUAUUGUGGCAUCAGGACAAACCUAUGAGAGGACUUUCAUCAAGCACUGGAUAGAUCUAGGCCUCACCGUUUGUCCAAAGACACGGCAAACUUUGGCUCACACCAAUUUGAUACCUAAUUACACUGUAAAGGCACUAAUUGCAAAUUGGUGCGAGUCAAACAAUGUGAAACUGCCUGAUCCCACCAAGUCUAUGGGAUUAAAUAAAGCAACACAACUUCUUGGACAAGCAGAACAUGGUGCUCCCAAGGAUUCACCUCCUUUUCCUCAUUCCAGGGUCAAUCAACCAAUGUCACCUGAGUCAGCUCGGUCCAUGGGUUCGCCCACUAAGAACUUUUUCUCAUCUGGUCCAUUGCAUCGGGAAAGAAGUUCCCCAUUGCAUCCUCGUUCUACAUCAGAAGGUUCCUUGUCUGGCGUAGUUGGAAAUGGGCAGGUUUUGGAUAUUGCCAGAAUAACACUAGCAAAUUCCGAAGACAGGUCUGCCAACUUAGAAGAAAGGAGUACAGAUCUAGCUAGCCAACACUCUAUGUCACCAUCUCUAGAUGAAUUUCCUAAUUCUAUUGAAGCGGAGCAGUCAUCUCAAAGCCAUAAUAGAACUGCCUCAGCUUCCAGCAUACUUUCUAAUGCCAAUGGUACUCAAGGAACUCCUGUAAAUGCCAAUGGGGUCUUACAGGUGCCAAGCAAUCUGUCAGGCUACAGCAGUGAUGCUUCUGGGGAGUUGAAAUCAGAACCACAAGCUGUUGCUGUGUUGGCCACCCAACAGAGAGAGACUGAGUUGCCCACCAGAAUGGCAGAGGUAAGACCUCGAAGCCAAAUGUGGCGGCGACCAUCUGGGAGCUUAGUCCCAAGGAUAGUUUCUUCCCCAGCUGUUGAAACAAGACCUGACCUUUCUGGACUUGAAGCCCAAGUUCGGAGUCUGGUUGAGGACUUGAAAAGCACUUCACUUGAUACCCAAAGAGAGGCAACACUUCAAAUCCGGCUACUUGCCAAGCAUAAUAUGGAUAAUCGAAUUGUUAUUGCAAACUGUGGGGCCAUUAGCUUGUUGGUGGAUUUGCUUCACUCUACAGAUACGAGGAUUCAGGAGAAUGCUGUUACAGCACUUCUUAACUUGUCGAUCAAUGAUAACAACAAAACUGCAAUUGCUACUGCCAACGCAAUUGAACCUCUGAUUCAUGUCCUUGAGACAGGGAGUGCUGAGGCCAAGGAGAACUCAGCUGCCACUCUCUUUAGCCUUUCGGUGAUUGAGGACAACAAGGUUCGCAUUGGAAGGUCAGGGGCUAUUGGGCCUCUAGUUGAUUUAUUGGGGAAUGGGACUCCUAGAGGGAGGAAAGAUGCAGCCACAGCUUUGUUUAAUUUGUCAAUUUUUCAUGAGAACAAGGGUCGAAUUGUUCAAGCUGGUGCUGUGAGGUACCUAGUGGAGUUGAUGGACCCAGCAGCUGGAAUGGUUGACAAGGCAGUUGCUGUGUUGGCUAAUCUUUCAACAAUUCCGGAGGGAAGGACAGCAAUUGGUCAGGAGGGUGGGAUCCCUGUUCUGGUUGAGGUUGUUGAGUUAGGUUCUGCAAGAGGGAAGGAGAACGCAGCUGCUGCUCUUUUACAGCUCUGCACAAAUAGUAAUAGAUAUUGCAGUAUGGUACUCCAAGAAGGAGCUGUCCCCCCAUUAGUGGUAUUGUCACAAUCUGGCACCCCAAGGGCCAAGGAAAAGGCACAGACCCUCCUUAGCUACUUCAGAAACCAUAGGCAUGGUAAUGCUGGUAGAGGAUAAUUGAAAAAAUAGUGUUUGAUGUCAGCCGAGGUUUUGUGUCAGCUUCUUCUAUAGAUAAUGUGUAAAUUGGUUGGUGCAAAAUAAUUCAAUUGAGGGUUUUCUUGUGUGGAUUUAAUUUGAUUUGUAAAAAAGAGGAAAGACAAAUGAUUCAUAGAGGAUUUGUAUGAUUUCUGUAAAGUACUGCUGUGAAUUUGGGAAGAAAAGUUUAUACCUGUAAGUCUAGUUGUUGCUCUGUGCUCAGACAAGAUGAUGAUGACAAAUGAGAAAUUUGGUAUUGCUUA